AAUCAGUCUAUAGCAUAACAACAAAACGUCACGUGCAUUGCAUGAUAAACACAACAUAGUAAUAAGCUCAAUAAUGUAUUAGACAAACAUUUAAAAACUGGAAAAUAUUAAUUCAACAAUCUAGAUCUGCAAGAAUGCAGUCUGAUAACACCUGUCAUUAUUGAGAGUCAUUGCAUAAUCGAGAAUUAUACAGAAAACCACCACGUGAAUCUUUCUCGCGAUACUCGAUUCCAAGAAGCGUGAGACCGGAAAGAUCGAGUAAUAGGAUGGCCAACAAAACAACGAGCAAUCCAAAAUCGCAGGAGCAAUCGAUGAAAAUCGCGGUACAAUCUCAACUUGCCAAAAUUAAAAAGGAGGAAGAAGAAGAAUUAUGGAUAUCAGGGGAAGAAUUAUACACGGAGGGUAGCAGCGACGAGGAGGAGUACAAAACGCAAUCACGAUCGCGUCGUAAAGUCAAUAGUAAUCAACCAUCGCGUACCUUCAUAGCCAAUCCGAGUGCCGAGCGACGCGGUUAUUCACCCACCUCAGCUGAAAUCAAAAUGAAAUCAAUCCGUUCCAAGGAUAGCAUCAAUGAAAAUCAGUCUCUACCUAAAAACGCUUCGAAACACGAUAAAAUGCCGUUUAACAACUUGAGUCGUUCAUCAUCUAUAGAAUCACAAAGAACGGAACGUCUUUCCGCCAUGGAAUCAUCCACGUAUUCAAUGACGAAAGACUCGUCUGAGUUUUCAACCGUGGAUGAUCAAAUGGAAAACACCGAAAUUUCAUGGAAGGCAAAGAGAGGUACUUUACUGUUACCUAAUUCGAGUAACGACGACAAAAAAGACAUGAACAAAUGCUGA